ACCCCAAACUCCAACUUGACGGGAGCUUCGGCUUCAUUACCUGGGCAGUGCUGCGACCAAAAAAAAAAACAAGAAGAAGAAAACUAAAAAAAUUGAACGGUCCGCUACCGACCCCUUAAAAGUUCGAUAACAUUCGCCUUCACUCUCCCUAACCAGUAACUACUACUAUGCUCUUCUUCUUCUUCGUUAAACCUUACAUUCAUCAUACAAAGCAUCCGCUACAAUGUCUGUCGCUGCCAUCUCUUCCCCUCCCCUGGCUGUUGGAUCCUUUCUUCCACGAUCUCCGUGGCGAACUGGGCCUCGAUUCUCCAUGGCCCUUCGAUCUGAUGCGGUCUCUGUUGCUCGCCUCCUGACCAAACUCAGACAUGAUUGUGCCACUCCUUUGCCUGUUCUUCAGCGCGUGGCCGACGCUAUGUCACUUGCUAUGCGGACCGGCCUUGCCGCCGAUGGUGCCUCUGGCCUCCCCAUGAUACCCACCUAUGUUCACAAUCUUCCCACUGGGACUGAGAAAGGAUUGUUUUAUGCUUUGGAUGUCGGUGGAUCAAACUUCCGUGUGCUGAGAUUGCAAUUGGGUGGAAAGGAAGAUCGAGUGAUUUCCACAGAAUUUGAUCAAGUAUCCAUACCUCAGAAGCUCAUGUCUUGUACCUCUGAGGAGCUUUUCGACUUCAUUGCUUUAGGGUUGGCAAAAUUUGCGCAGAAGCAGGGUGAUGAGUUUCACAUCACACCGGGAAGAAAGAGGGAAGUUGGAUUCACCUUUUCAUUUCCUGUGAAGCAGACAUCCAUUGAUUCUGGCAUUUUGAUCAAGUGGACCAAGGGUUUCGCAGUCUCUGGAACAGCAGGAAGAGACGUGGUUGCUUGUCUAAACGAGGCUAUGGAAAGGCAAGGACUAGACAUGCGAGUUUCUGCUUUGGUGAAUGAUGCUGUGGGAACAUUAGCUGGAGCAGUGUACUGGGACAAUGAUGUCACAGCUGCUGUCAUUUUGGGUACUGGAACCAAUGCUUGCUACAUUGAGCAGAUCGAUGCCAUUCCUAAGUUAAAGGGCUAUCACUCUCCCUCUGGCCGAAUGAUCAUCAGUACUGAAUGGGGGGCUUUCUCAAAUGGUCUCCCUUUAACUGAAUACGAUCGAGAUAUGGAUGCAGCUAGCAUCAAUCCUGGUGAGCAGAUUUUCGAGAAGACAAUCUCAGGAAUGUAUCUAGGUGAAAUUGCAAGAAGAGUGCUGUUGAAAAUGGCUCAAGUGGGCGGUUUGUUUGGAAAUUCUGUGCCACAAAAACUAUCCAAGCCUUUUAUAAUUGGGACCCCAGAUCUAUGUGCAAUGCAGCGGGACCAAUCGGAUGAUCUACAAGCUGUUGGAUCGAUCCUCUACGACAUAGCAGGGAUUGAGUCCGAUAUAUAUGCAAGGAAGACCGUUGUAGAGGUUUGUGACACUAUUACAGAGCGUGGUGGGCGCUUAGCUGGUGCUGGAAUUGUGGGGAUUCUGUCUAAAAUGGAACAGGAUUCCAAAGGCAUCGUCUUCGGGAAGAGAGCAGUUGUGGCUGUGGAUGGGGGCUUAUACGAAAAUUAUCCUCAAUACAGAGCAUACUUAAGAGACUCUGUCACGGAGCUUCUAGGAAUUGAGAACUCUAACAAUUUGGUAAUAGAACAUUCCAAAGAUGGAUCUGGCAUAGGGGCUGCUCUUCUGGCUGCUUCAAAUUCCAUGUACAAGCACGAUUCUUAGGAAAAUGGAUUUCGCUAAUCUAUCGUCAGCAGGGAACAUAUAGUACAGAGCAAUAAAUCAGAGUAUUAUUUUUGAAUUC